AUUCAGUCGCUUGUGGGAGGCAGUUGCAUUCGAUUGCCAGCACUUUCAUCAGCGGAAAAGCCAGAGAGCAGCUAAUAGCCGGACAAAGAGUGAGAAAGCGAGAGCGGAGAGGGAGAGGCAGAACACAUUCGCUGGUUGGUCUUGGUCUUGGUACCACUCAUUCGACACAUUUUCCUUCAGUUUUCCCUCGGCAGCGAUACCAGCCGUCGCUUACUUUUUCGUUAUUCUGUUAUUGCUGGCCUUUGUUUAUUAGUGCGUGUCUUCGCUGCGAGCGGUUUUCGUAAUUGAAACGAGAGCGACAUAAUUAAAUUAAAAUAUACUCGCACACAGUAGCGCACUAGCAUCGAUAGACGGGCCAACUAAUCACAUUACCAGCCAUCAGACAUCAAGCCACCAGCCAUCAGGCCAUCGUCAGUCGGAAACCGAAACGCAGACCCGCAACACAAGACUCACAGUUCGCAUUGCAUACUUUUUGGCGCGCAUCGAAAUAAACACACCAAUACGUACAUCAAUACAACACAACAACAACAAACACAUUCAGGCUCGAUUGCUGCGUGAGUGUGAGUGUGCCUGUGUCUGUGCGAGAGUGCCUUCUAAAGUCGCCCAUCCUGCGAAGCGACAAAAUUCAUCAACUCUUGUGUCUGGGGUGGUAUGUGGAUAAAUUUUAGCCGCCAUGGAUCCCAGUGCUCUACAAAACAUGGAUCGGGACGCAUUAAAGAAGCAAAUCGAGAAUAUGAAAUAUCAGGCCUCCAUGGAGCGCUGGCCGUUAUCUAAAUCCAUAGCAGAAAUGCGCUCGUUCAUCGAGGAGAACGAGAAAAAUGAUCCGUUGAUCAAUGCGCCGGAUAAGAAGAACAAUCCAUGGGCCGAAAAGGGCAAAUGCGUUAUUAUGUAAUAUUAUCGUAAACCACAGAAAUACCGCCAUAAUUAUGAUAACCAGCCAAACAAUAAUAAUGCAACCCAUUCCACGACUCAUACCACAACAACAAGAACAACAACAGCAACUGGAACAGAAAACAAUCCAUAUACCUUUGAGGCACAGCCUCAACAUCAUCAGCAAUUAGAUACCCCUAGCCAAUGUAGCAGCCAAGUUUUGGGGCAGGAUUUGGGUGAAUCCCCGGAUCUGGUGCCGGUAGAGAUGCAGCACUACAACAACAACUACUACUACUAUUACAACUACAACUUGAGCUAUGAGCCGCCGGUCGAUCGGUCGCUGGGCGGCGGGGGCAAGCGGAGCAUUCAACGUCUGCAGCAACUGGUGCGAAGGACGCGGUACGAGCUGCAGCAAUGGCCGCUACUGAUGCAGCUGCUCCUGUUCGUCCUUUGGCUAAAUGCCAAGUUCUGGCAGCUGGUCAACGAACAGGUGACCUACCGCCGCAGGAGGUGGCACUGAGGGGCGAAGGACAUCGGGUGUUGCUUGGUAUGAGUUCGAUCUAGGCUUAAGUUGUGAAAAUUAUGCCCACACUCUUACAAUCUCAUCUCAAUAAAAAUAAUCAAAAUUCGCUGCGUAGUGGAAGCAGCGAACUUCAGCCAAUGCUUCUGUGUGAACUUAGCCUCCCGAAACGAAUGCAGAGAAAACAGAGAAAAACAUCCUGAACACCCUGAAAACAACGAGUACGGGCACAAGGUACUCGCUACUCGUUACUCCAUCACGAACUCGAUUCAUCAUCGUGCGCUCCUCAUCGUUGUCGAUCUUUCGUCGUUCCUCUCUCGUCGUUUUAAGCUCGUCUAUUUUACUUCUCUACAACUCUACUCGCUCGUUUCAUCCCUCUUCGUUCUUUCUAGCUAUCGUUCCUAGUCGUUUUUGCAUGCCAUACAUUCUUAGAACUUUCUGUUUUAUAUCGCUAUGUAUUUUUUUGCACACAUUAUCAUCGACAUCGCAUUCCAUCAUCCAAUCCCACCCGAACCGAAACCAAACCAAAAACAAAACACAGUAGUCGACAACGCUAAUUCAAUCAUAUCAGUCAUAAACAAGAAUAUGGGCACGCGCCUUGAUAAAUGUAACCCACCCAUCAUCAGUAGAGUCAACAAGAAGCCUUAGAAACGCCCUCGAAUCCCAUGCGAAACCAAAAGAUCUACCAACUUUUAUAAAAGGUUUCUCCUGCAAAGCUUGUCUAAGAAACUACCCCCAAAACGGUUAAUUGAUCGAAAUAGAUAAUACUUUGUUUAGAGAAAACUUUUUCACCAUUCAAAAGAAUGCGAUUAAGAUCAAGGGCUAACUCUUUAAGUAGAUUCGUAUUUUGAGUAGCGCUUUUUUAUUUGGUAGCCAGGCAAACGCUAACCAAACAGAAAUUCAAUUGUUUUACUUAAUUAAACAUAUAGUAUAUACGAAUAUAUGGAUAUUAUAAUUUUAUAUACAACAUACUUAUAGUUAUAUGCUAGGCAAACGAGCUAUUUAAAGGCAGACGCUGUAGUUACUCGAGGAUGAUAAUAUUAUAUUUAGUUUUAACAAAUAUGUUUACGAUCAACUAGCGGGACAUUAUUAUAUACGCAGACAACAUACACAAACACUUAAAAACCAUAUAAGAACAAUUAACUAUGGAAGAAGACGCAACACAUUUGUAUGGAUCAUAGAUGAACCAGCUUAGUGAAUACUUUAGAGAGAUCCACAAAAGUCAGCUGAAACUUUAUAUGUUAUAUGCGAAACGCGGAAUGGACUUGACAAAACAAAACGAACAAGAGUAAACUAUAUUAUAUUAUUAACUAUUAUAUACAAUAUAAAACGGGCGAGCCCCAGUGGCGGUUCCCAAAAAACAAGGCGCUGUUCAGCUGUUUGAAGAAAAUUCAUAAAAUCUAGCAAAGACGAUUUAUGAGUUUACGUUAAUAAAAUACUAAGUUCAGCUUAUCGCGAUGAUUUCCAUUAAUAAGUUAAACAUAUGUUUUUACCAUUAAGAUGAACAAGAAUAUGAAGAGAAAAAGACAACAAUCAAAACACUUAAACACAAUACAUUCAACACGACACAUACUUGAAAUUAGUGAAACGACAAACUGAGGUUACAAAAAAAAAAAAAAAUGAAACAGAAUCUUAAUGAAAACACUACAAUUAUAUAGCGACUAAAAUUAACACAUUAAAUGAUAAUGUUAAGUUGAGAAACAAUGUAGCAAAUUGAGCAGUGAGCGUAAAAUUUAUUAUAAGUAAGUCGCGCAAAAGUCUACAGAAACUCCAAUUACAACAAGCAGAAAAGGAAACUUACAAAUAAGCAGCAAACGAUGCAGAUGAAAGCCAUCGUAUGGCGCGAAAUCCGAGAAAACAAAUGGAUGAAAAGAGACGAGAAGUUCCGCAGAGAAUGAGAUGCAUCAGAAUACAAUAGCUUACGAAACAGAGGUAAAUCGUAAGGUAAUCAAGUCAUGGAGCCCAAGUUCCAACAACGAACCUUUUGGCCGACAAAACGAUGUGGAAAUGGAAAACGAUUAGGAUUACAAACAGCACAAAGUAGCAAUCCGCUACGUCAAGAUCGAACAUCAGACCAUCCGAGGGCGAAAACACAGAAGCUGCAUCCCAAAAUUGAGCAGAACAAACACACAAAACUAUAAUAAGGUAUUGGUGGUUACAAAAAAAAACGUAUAUAAAGCGAUAUAUUAUGUACUCAUUCGACGAAUUGGCAUAUAGGGAAGUAAAUGAAAUGGUUUAGUGAAGUAUAAUCAAAAGGCUUGAAGACUGGUAAUGACCUGACACCAUUGCCAGGCUUCACAGACCGGUCGAAUGCCAUUGGAUGUGAAACAAUCAGUGUGGCCAGACCUCACUUGCAUGCUUCGUAUCCUUCAGGUGUCUACGUCUGCUUGGAAGUUAAAAUCAAAGCAUGAAGUUCAAGUUGAAUAAAUAAAUAAAUAUAUAUAAAUAUAUAUAUGUAUAGUCUUGUACGCAACAGCAGUGCAGUUUUGUGCCCCAAGCUCAGUUCAGACUGAUGACUUUUAGCCAGUUUCAGUUAGGUUCCACGCGGAAUUGUACAUGCGUUCAAGAGAGCACUAAGCACGCUGAGUAGCAGAGCAUGGAGUCUCGGUAAAAUGGGUGUGAGGGUGUCGCCAAAAUUGAACAAGUGUCGCCGACCAGAUAAGGAUAAGUUCUUGAGAAGUUUCCUUCGAUUAGAUAACAUACGAUUUUCCAACAGUUUCGACUGGGUAUGGGGCACCGACAAAGCUCGUUCGAAAGGUGUUCUCGCACUUUGACAGUAUUUAAUCGAAAAUCGUUAAAUAAUCGCAUUAGAAUUAGGCAGAAAAAUGCAAGCCAUAGAAAAAUUAAUGUUGAGGGUCAUUUGUGAAAGGAUAGACGGAAUGAUGGAAAUGUUAAGCAGAGGAUAAAUUUAAUCAUUUUCCAGCAAGUUUAGGCAUUAUCAUAUGCAAUUAUAUAAAUGUUAAAAAUAAAAUUAACUAUUGAAAUCUAAAUAUAUAAAUAUAUAUAUGCAAGAGAAAUAUUACACCAACAGUUAUUGCAAGUUAAAUGAAUCGACGCGAACUCAAUUACUGAAUUUAGCAGAUAAGUGAAGACAGUUGACAAUUGCACAGGGGCAGAAGUACAGUAUGUGCCAAAAGCUGCGAUAACCGCGUGCUGCCUUGAGCAGAGCACUAGCGAUGUCAGGCCAAAGUCGAACUAGGUAAAUACAAAGAAGACGAUUGUCUAGGCGCUAAGUUGACGUUACAGUUCAUUGAAAGUGUUUAAAUUAUAUAUGGACAAACCAGUAUAUUAUCGAUUAAAGAUUAACUCAAUAUUUACGAUACGCCUUAUGGCAAUAUUACUAUGUGUAUUUAUUAAAUGUGUGUACUAUUUACCAGUAAAAAAAAAAUUAUUGUUACAAUUUAGGGUAUUAAGUGACGUUAUUACUAAGAUAUAUGGACAUAUAGAUUACGAUUUUAAAACUUAUAUGAUAUGAUUGAUUCUUAAACUUGUCGAAUUGCGAACUCAGACAAACAAAAUCACGGUGCCGAAUUACAACCAAGGCGAAACCAGAAACCAAAGCAAACCAAACAAAACAAUUAUAAUUUAGAAAAAAAAGCUAAAUCUAGUUAGUAAGAGAAUUUUAACGCAGCCAUGCAAAAACAAACCACACGAAUAGGUGAGAGAAAGGAGUACACCGGAAGAAACCAAACACGAAACUCAAAUAGUAUGAUAUAACGAACAUGUAUUUAGCUGUUAAAAAAAAAAACAUCUACUAAAAAACCACAGUAAGCAAGAGGCAAAAGAGCUAAAUUGAAAAACAAACCAUAAGUAUGAUUAUCAUUAAAGGAACUUCUCUAAAUAAAAGUAAACUUUGAAAAUCCUUAGCGGAGAAAAACUACCCUCUCUAUAAAAAAAAAAAAACAAAAACUACAAAAAUGUCGAUUGUGUUUUAUUUCCCCCAAUUUCCCGUCAGCCGAUGAAGCUUUCCCGACCGUGCUAAGAUCCUCCCCCGACUUGUUGAUGUUGAUGAUGAUGAUGAUUGUGCUUUGAUAUUGAUGCUGCCUUGUGCUUUCCAUAUUCCUUUGCCAUGCUUUGCCUAAGUUCCAUACUUAUCGUAUUCAGUUGGUAUUAUUUCGUAUAUCUGCUUUUUGGCCUGUACAUAAUUGCGCUUGAGCUUCGUGUUGAGCAAAUUUAAAUGUAUUUCUUCAGAUUAACCUCGAAUUCUCAGCGACUGGCAAAAAACUUUGGGCUAAACCUUAUUUCAGAAUUCCAGCCCUGACAAUUGCUCUUGACGUAAGUAUGAAAGGAUAUCACGGAAUAAAGAGCAGCCGGCGACAGUUUCUUAAACUGCAUCUGUUGUUCCCAACUUUUGCUUCUUACUAGUUUGCCAGCUUGCCGGAUAAGCAUAAAACUUUCAGCCGAGCCAAGUUCCUCUUUUGAGUUUCAUCAAGUUGUUCAAUUGUUGCAGAACAUGUUUCAAGUAAUUAGCAAACGGUGCGUAUGCGUAAUGGAUUAUCCAUUUAGUUGAGUCUAUUGAGCCUUACAAAAAACCCAUUUUCCAUCUUUUAUGGGAGUAUUAAAUUUUAACACUCAAAUGACGUCGCCCAAAUAGCUCAUGUUGAAGUGGGAUCAAAUAACGCUUUGGCUGAGCAAAUCAAUCUAGAGCCAAUGACCAGCAAAGCCUGGCAUCUAAAUUCAUUUAGAAAAUGGAUUGGUAUUUGCUACUCGCCUUUGUCUGGCAGAAAACAAUGAGUCAUGCGCCUGAUUAUCGCUUGGCAAUCGCGUGGCAUUUGUUUCAAACUCAAUGGAUUUUGGAAAUGUGUAUUAUUUCAGAUGCUGCAAAAAUAAAUUAAGAUUCAAUUAAACACUGAAUACUUUUGAGUUUACUUUUAGUGAAUCGUUGUCACUUCAGUCCUUUUACAGACUUAAUUUCAGUUAGCAUUUCCCUUUAAAAGGUUGGUAUGUGACCGCCUUAAGUGACUGCCUGAUAUUGCGCACAAGUGGCUGUCAAAUAUCUCCAUAUUUAGACACAUUUCAUAUGCAAAUUGAGCUGGCUACCGAGCGAACUGAGAAAACGGAAAAAUUUCGAAUUUAUAUGCCAAUUGCUAGAGUGCGAAAUUAAUGCCACCCAGGGGCCAAAGGGAAAAAAAAACAGCGGAAACCCAGAAGUGUUUAAAUUACCAUGAAGCGAUAAAAAAGUACAGGAGGCCAAAACGGAAAGGUAUCCUUCUCUCUCCAUCCGUAGUAUAGUCUGGGUAUUUAUUGCCCAUCUCUGGUUUAUCAAGUAUUUAUUUCCCUUUCUCGUAAGGAGCCCGCAUACCGGGCGGUCUUUUCAAAACAGAUUGCAAACCCUUUCCCAGCUGGAUACAAGUACUGUGGGUGCUACCGAAAGAUAUUGAGCACCGUUCGGUUUGGUUGCCUUUGGUAUAGCAGCGUUCGAAUUAAAGGGUUUAAUGCGAAUCUGAGGCCGGUUUAACUCAUUCAAGAGAAUCCCCGAGGCGCAAAGCAUACAGGAAAUUUGUCAAAUUUAUUUCGCAUACUUGGAUGUACAAUUAAAUUAGCAUUUCAAUGCCGCAGAAAGCACUGACAAUUGCUGAAACACAAUGGCCGGCCAAUGGAUGAAUAUGAAAAUGCCAAUCCCCUGGCAGCGAUUAUAAAUUGGCUUUUGUGCAUGCAAAUCAGUUCAGUUCGAUAUGACAAUGACUUAAAUGUGAUUAAUAACUGUAUGUGUGAAAUUGACUGAUUUUGCGGUAAUUAAAGCGAAAAACUGCAACGCAUAAACUUACAUUUGUACUCAGAUGAAAAUCUGUACUCAGAUGAAAAGCACAUUUUGUUCACCCACAGCUAUUCACUCUCUCGACCAAUUUGUUAUUUGCUGUUUGCCAUUUCAGCGUCUCAGUGUCGCCAUUUUAUACGCCAUUUGCUCGACCAACCCCUGCACCCCUCAUGUACUUUCCCUACAUUUUUGCACCCCUCUGCAGUGCUCAUUAAAUGCAUUUUCUAAUGCAAUUGACAUUACUUGUUCUGCUGCGGCCUUGGGUUUCGGUGACUUUCGCUUCUGUUUGAUUAUGAAAAUGGUUUUCGGUCUGCGGCGAUGCUGGUUUUUAAUGAGACCCCACAAUAUGGCCGGAUUAUCGUCAAGGCCUGUCGUCCUAUACUAAUUAACAUGUCAGCUGGGGAAUGCUUAUCAAGUAUACGCAGCGUAUGCCAGUGGAAGCUCUAUCUCUGUCGGCGUUUUUCCACCUCAAGGGGAUCGCUCAGGUGAGCGAACAGAAGCCGCUAAGGCAGUCAACGAACUGUCAGCACUGGGAUUUAUCAGUGCUCGGAAAAAGCUGGAAAGUGCUGGGAAAUCUCACCAUGGGGAAAGCCAACUGUUUGACAGUCUGGCUUAGUUACCGUCCGGCUGUCCUUCUCCCUUUCUAUCCAACUGAUGGACGGACUGGUGACAAGCUGUAACCUAAAGAGCACUCAGAACACCUACAUUUUUACCUCCACCCACCCCCCACCAACAAAAAAAAAAAAACACAUGGCUUGAUUUAUAUUUUAUUUAAAAAGCGACAGCAAAAUUAUCAGGAUUUACUUUCGGCUACUUUUUUAGCGUGAGGUUCUGCUUGUUUUUUCCGUUGGUUGGGCUUGCAUAAAGUUUGUUUAACGUUUAUCUUGCGGUCGCUUUGCGCUUUUUCCAUGGCCGGCGAAAGUUUCUUUGGGCGGUCGUCUGGUGAUAAAAACAGCAAAAAGGAGGCCACCAGGAAGCUGAAUUUAAACAUGAAUAAUGAAAGGAGCUGUAAAUUGGCUGAGGACCCAACCACUGAAAGGUCACAACCCCUUGAAAUUAAUCAGAAAUGUAAAAUCACAAGCUCCUUCUAAAGUUUCGAAAGUUUUUCGGUUAGUGCAUGGUUAAUUUAAAUUCUAAGUAAUAUUCCGUGACCGAAAUGUAAACGGAGUCAGACUUUCGUCUUCUUACUAACUAAAGAUUCAUUUUGAUUAGGCUCACCAGCAGUGUUUUUUAAAAUUUCAAUGAACAAUUUAAGGUAAGUCACUCCCCUUUUGUUUCCUACCCGUUUCAAUGGCUUUUGUUAUUCUUUUUAUAAUUUACGCUAUUGGGCCUUUGGUACUCAACCAAGUGGAAAAAAUAUGGCAUCCAGUCAAAUCUUAUACGUAUUAAUUCUCAUUAAAUUUAAUUGCAAGCGACUUGGGUUCGAGGGCAGUCAGGUGGGCGACCCGCGUAUCCUUACAUCCUGUGACCCGUCAGUUGGCCCGUGUUUCUGGCACACUUAUGCAAAUGACUUGCGGGUGGAUCCCGCCGAGGACCGAAGCCGAUUAACCCCUUUUGUGUGCCGAGGUGUUGAAAGGUUCUGCACUCAAUUACGGAUGAAAAAAAUGAUCACCUGCUACCCGAAAACGGUUGGUAAUACCUAACAUCCCACCGAUUCGAAAUGAAAGGAAAAACACUUAGCACCCAAUUGUUGGCAAGUUCUCGGAAAAGCGCCAAAAAGUUUUGAAAGCUAAACUAAGCUGGGGAAUAAUGAAAAUUUGUUGAGCUACAUUUUGAAACGGUUCCAACGGCGGAAGUCGAAUUAAUUUCACGUGCCAAGUGAGCGACCGUCUCAUUCCACCUCAAAUCAAUUAAUUUGCCAGCUGCCAACAAAGAAUGAGAGAAUAGUUUGGGGGUAGCCUUAAUAUGUGGUCGGGUAUAUUUACAUUCUGCGGUUCGAGUUUCCCUGCAAUUUGUUGAGUGUUUCGCCAAUAGUUGAGCCCUAUUCAGUAAAGUUCUCUUUGCGGUUGCGGCAUUGGUAGAAAUAAUUAUGCAAUUGCGUUAAAGGGAUGAGUUUGAACUAAAAGUGUGUGAUCCUUUGAGCUGCGAAAAUCCUUAAUGACUAUCACACUAGUUGAAAUGGAUUUUCUUGAUUUAAAAAAAAAAAUACUGCCUGCUCAGCAGUUUCAACAGCUAUCUGAACGGCAAAUCGGAGAUUACAAAGCAACAAAAUUGUUACAAUACAUUUUCAUUCUCUAUCAAGGCCUAAAAUAAUAUUGGCAUAUAUUUUUUAAUCCCAUAUUCCACUCACACUCUCACGACCCAGUCGAGUGUAAAGACACCCCGCACAAAAUCCGAUUUGCACACGGUAAAAAUAAACGCAUGAAUGAAGGAAAAAAUCCCCAACAGAAAAUCAACAAAAAAUGAAUAAAUUCAAAGUGACGUGUAAGCAAAAACUAUUCACGCAUAAGCCCAGAAUUCCUGCAAAUAACAAAGGCAAAAAUCAAGAGCGAGCACAUACGAUGAAUAUAUAACUAGAGCUCCGCAGCGAAUGCAACGAAAAUGCACCCAAAUAUACGAACAAAAUAUAAAACGUGAAACGAAAUUAAAUGCAAAAAACUUGGCCAGCUGGGGUGGCAAAAAAAAAACUGCAUGACAUUUUUAAUUAUCUAGAACAAGUGCAUUUAGCACACAUCCACACAGACACAGUCAUGCAAAUAGAGACGCACACACAUACAGCACACAGGAAUGGAGAUAGUGAGGGCCAAAAUCGUUGCAUACUUUGCGGGCUGUUGGGCAUUUAAAUGAAAUUUCGUUUGCUAACUGCACAGUGAACAGUGCGAAAAGAAUGCGAAAAUGAGGCAACAGAUGAUGACAAGGGGGAGCAGUCGAACAGUCAAAAGUGCCGGGCAAAAGUUAAACAAAAUAUUUGCCAGUCACGCAAGCAUUUUUCACUUUCUCUUAAUUAAAGCGAGAACUGUUCCAAUUUCAUAAAUGUAUACCUAUAAUACCGGGCGCAAAAAAAAAAGAUGUUUCACUCGGGUGUGGCUGUACUUUCAACCCCUUUCGGCCAGCCAUUUUUGCACUUCCAAGUGGUGAAGAGAAAGCCAAUAAAAAUAUGUUUUUCUUUUACGGCCAACUUUUGUUUCGCCCUGCGAGUGUGUGCGUGUACACAGAUUUAUUAAAAUAUUUCCCCGACGAAGAGGGCAAUGAAGCAGACUGAAAAUCAGUCUGUUUUGGGCGAAGUGGCUAAUACUCUCUCGGUGAAGUCUUAACAGUGAAGACACUUGAGGGAAGAUAUUUCAUAAAAUUAUAUUUUAUUAGUGCUUAAAGCGCUACAAGAAAUUCUAAAGCAACUUCUUCCUAUGUGUUUGGAAUAUAACAAGUAAAUUAUUAACAAGAAAAUGUUACAGAAAAUGGAAAACGUGCCAGAUUGUCACGUUACGGUUAGUUAACUUAAUAAGUUACUGCAUGUUAUUCGUCUGCAUGUUCAAGUUAAUUAUCCUUAUCAACUGCAUAAAACGGCAAUCAUAUACGUUUCAGUAGCAGUUCCUUUAUUAAUAACGCCAAAAGGUUUCCAAUUUCUGCAUCGACUGGUGUUACGUGGUGCAUUCACCCAUUCUACAGAUUCUGCUGAUAUGUGGGCUCUUUUCAGUGAGCACGGCUCGUUAGCUUGCACUUUGCACACGCAGACCAAACAGAGUGAAAGAGUUGGUCUUAAUAAAAGCAAAUAUAAAGCUUUUUAAUAAUAUUAAAGCGGCUGGCAGCCAUCGAAAGCUGUUGCCGUUUUGGCUUAUUUGCCAAACACUUAAGUCGUAGCUUACUUUUGGUUCUCCGCUCGGGCGGCAAUAGUGAAAGUAAUUUGUUUAUUUAUUUGCAAGGAUAAUGGUCGGUGCUUAAAGUGAAAAACGGGAAAACGUAGAACUUUCCACGCGUAUUUGUGCAGCACUCGAAUUUCCAUUCCUACCGUUCAAAACUUUCGGCCAGAGCAGCUCUCUAAUCAAAGACAGGCAAAGGACGAGAGAAUGGAAGUGAUAACUUUAUCGGCGUCCGGAUUUUGCAUACAUCGCUGCGCUCGAGGGCUGACCUUAUCGUUCUGGAGAGCAAAGAAUAUGUUAAUACGCCCUCAAAAGGGCAACAAAAGUGCACAAAUAAUGUUUUCGAGCUUUUCUCGAACUAUAGAGAACAUUGCCCCCCGCCCGGCCCACCUCAUAUGACACACAUUUCCGCCCAUUGUUUGUUCUUGGCCUGCCUGUUCGCCUGAAUAUGUUUGCUCUCGUGUGUCUGCGCUCUGUUUAUGUUUGUUGACAUGGAAAAGCCUAAAAGUUAUGGUUCGGCAUCAUGGUCCGGGACACGCCCACUGGGGGCAAGUACCGUGCCAGACAUGACCAUCAUUUGCCUGCUUGCUAAUAAGCGGCUCAAGUGUUGGCCCGGAAUUAAUGCGAUCUCUCCCCAAUAUCUCUCUGUUCCAAAAGGUUACACUAACCGGACAUCAGAGUGUCGGUGUGUUUGAGUUUGGUGUUUUUGCUUGCCGAGGGCUUUGUUUGCAGUCGUUAACAUUGCCCAAGGCCAUAUUUGUUAGUGGACUAGAGUGUGGUGGUUAAGUCACCCAUGGUUACGAUUUGCUAAUGAGCUGGAUAAAAUAAAGUUGCCACUAAGCUGCAUGAUUAAUGCCAGAGGGGAUGUGUGGGAAUACCUAAUAAACUAUAUUACUAAAUUAAAUAUUAAUUUGUAUAUUUAGGCAUACGCUUUUCUAUGCUAUAGGCACCAAAAAUAAAUUGUGAACAACAUCGUCUUAGUUUGACUUGGAAUUAAGCAUUUAAAUGGUAUGACCUCGUCCUUUUCAGUUAUGUUUCCCGUUCAACCGCAGCCUUUUGUCAGUCACCCUGGGAAUGGACAACAACACCUCUGCUCCUUGGUGUCCUAAUCUCCCCCUUCGUUGUUUUGGCUUUUAACGACCUCUUACUGGCACUGCCACUUGGAGUCCGAAUCCUGCGCCGCCGCCUCCGCUGUCACUUACGCAUUCCACUCGAAUAACAAAAGCUUUUGAUUGAUAAGCGGCCAUAAUAAAUUUGUUAUUAGUGCGAGAGCCAGGACC